UGGUUGUGAUGGAUUUGGUAUCUCGUGUCCGUCUUGUCCCUCCGCCAGCAAGACGGCAAGUAGUCACUUCAUUCGCGGAAUCACCGUCUCGGACCAUAUGGAGCACCAAGUCCUGCGUCUUGCGCGCAGCUCCAUGUCCUGGACCAGAUCCUAAAACAGUUCAGAGCAACAGACACUACGUCUGCCUCUGUGGGGACAUAAAACAUGCGAAACCUUAGUCGGGGUGUCUCAGUCGGUGCCAAAAAAACUCAAACAGGGAACUCCCUCGACGCGUUCAGGCUGUUUUUCCGCGGAGCGCACACUCCUCCAGCAUCCGUGAACAUGCCUUCGGGUGUGCUUUCCUCUAAAGCCCUCUACAUCGGGAUGGAGGUGGUGAUCGCCGUGUCGUCGGUCAUCGGUAACGUGAUGGUGGUCUGGGCUGUGCGUAUUAACCGGUCUCUGAGAGACACCACGUUUUGUUUCAUCGUCUCCCUGGCCUUGGCUGACAUUGCGGUCGGGGCUCUUGUCAUCCCGCUCGCCAUAACCAUCAGCAUCGGACUCAAGACGCACUUUUACAGCUGCUUGCUGGUCGCCUGCACAGUGCUCGUCCUCACUCAAAGUUCCAUCCUGGCGCUUCUGGCCAUCGCCAUCGACCGCUAUCUGAGAGUCAAAAUACCCAUGAGCUACAAGCGGGUGGUGACUCCUCGACGAGCCGGCACGGCCGUGUUGUUGUGUUGGCUGGUGUCCAUCAUAAUUGGCCUCACGCCCAUGUUGGGUUGGAAUAACCUGCAACUUCUCCGUGACAAUGGCUCCCUGGUCACUGAUGACCUCUUGGUGAUCUGUGAGUUUGAGACAGUCAUCAGUAUGGACUACAUGGUCUACUUCAACUUCUUUGGCUGGGUGCUGCCCCCUCUGCUCCUCAUGCUGGCCAUCUAUGUCGAGAUUUUCUACAUGAUCCACAAGCAGCUCAACAAGAAGGUGACGGCUAGCCACACAGACCCUAGCCGUUACUUUGGCAAGGAGCUCAAGUUAGCCAAGUCGCUCGCCCUGGUUCUUUUCCUCUUCGCAGUCAGCUGGCUCCCUCUUCACAUCCUCAACUGCAUCACCCUCUUUUGCCCUGCCUGCGAUAAGCCGAUGUUCCUCAUCUACAUCGCCAUCAUCCUCACCCACGGAAACUCGGCCGUCAACCCCAUCGUGUACGCUUUCCGCAUCAAGAAAUUUCGCACAGCGUUCCAGAAAAUCUGGAAACAGUAUGUGCUUUGUCAGGAUCCAGUCGGGCGGCUUCCUCAAAGAGGGAGUCAGAGAGGACAGAGUCAUGAGCGGAGGCUGAGGCAGAAUGAUGACGAUGAUGAUGAUGUGUGACCCUUGGAUCGCUGUGUAACUGUUAAGUUUCACCCCACCGGUUCACAGAAUGGAAAAGACUCUGGAUACAUUUUCAUGCUCGAGGGGUUACUGGUCAAAACAGUCUUAAUGGCAUCACAGGACUUCAGAGGAAUGAAAGAGAUAAGGGAACUCCUUCGUGGACUGACUGAUUUCUUCCAUCCAACACACUCUGAGAGGACAGGAUGACAAAUCGGCAUGGAGACCGGAUACACAUCUGAAAUCAGACUUUGAUUUGAAGAAGACUGAUUAUUUAUUUCUGCACUUACUGACAAAAUGAAGAUGAUGUCGAAUAACAUAAGGGGUUUCUCAUCAGUAUCAACACCAACCUGUUGAACUUGAAUCACUAAGUGUAUAUCUGUAGCACAUCCGGUACAAAUACUAGAAGUUGUGAAUGCUGUUUGUAUUUCUGAUCUGAAUUCAAAUUAAAACUCAUGACCUAAAUGGUCACAAAUAGUUAUGCAUCGUAUUGUGUGCUACAUUUACAUGCUUAGUUCUGUGGCCUUAAGGAUAGAAAAUGUAAUGAAGAGGAACUAUUUUAAUAGUUUUAAUCUGGUAAACCAAUAGUGGGCAAGCAGGAAGUUUGCGCAACCAGCUUGGUGCUUUGAGAUGACUAGGACACAGGAUGUACAGUCUGUGGCUGCAAUGAAAACAUGUCAAAUUGACUCACUUGGACCAAGGAUCUUUGGUAUGGCGAAGGUGUGGUUUCAAUGUACUAAUGUCAGUUACACAGUAACUCAUUAGAGUCAUGGCCCUUACAGAUGGGUGGUGCAAUUCAGUUCAAGUUUUUUUUGACAUUUUUAAGACCAUUUGACUGUCAGAAUGACUAAUAAUAGCUUAUAGUUGUAGCUGAAAACAGCAUCCAUGCUGAAAGAAAAAUUACCUGAUGCUCCCCUUUAGAUAUUUGUCAAAUGGUCAAUUUAAAAAAACUGUGGGGCCACCUAUUAGUAACUUUAUAACUGUGGCUGCAGGACUGUGAAUCUAAAGAAUGUUGGAGCUCUAUACUGUACAUAUAUCUCCAUGCCCUUUCCACUACUAGCAAGCAUUUUACUUUUUACAUUUCCCCCCGAUUCUUUGUGACAAAGUAGGUAUACCGAUGUAGCAUCAUCACGUACUGUCUGUCAUUUCUGUUAGUAAACUGACCAGUGUUGCCCUUUAAAAAAGUGAGAUUGGACAUUGGAAAUGCUGGCACUUAUAAUGUGUACUGUAUGUAGCUUAUAUGUGUAUACGUGUAAAUGGGAGGUACCAUAAAAAAUUCACCUCAGUGAGCCACAUCCUCUUACAGCUGUUGAUUGAGUUAGCAGAUUGGGAAAUACACCCUUCAAGCAUAACAAUAGAUAUUUUUUAAUGACAUAGACAAAUGGAGUCAGGAAAGUAACCAAAAUAUGUAAGAGAAUACGGUGAGCCCUAAUUUAAAUGUAUAAUGCUGAAUGUGCAUUAGCAGGUGGAAGUUUCAGAAUCCAUUCUGUGCUUUAUGACAGAAAUAGCAUCUGAUAUUCUCUUCAUGUUUCUCUGUAUCGAGGCUAAAGUCAUCGGUGGUGGGAGGCCGUUAUUUUGUACACACCUUGAUCCUCUGUCACUUAGCAGAGAGCUACUCGUGUGUGAAUAAGGGUGGAGGGCAUUAGGGUGGUGAGGUGGGCCAGGGUGGAAGGAUUAUUCUGUUAUUAUGCUGAGGAACUCAUUAGCAUGAGAAUCACCUUCAUUGGCCAAGUAUGCGUGCACAUACAAAUAAUUUGACUCUUGGAGUCGAGGAGUAAAAGAGUCUCUGUGGAAGUCAACAUCAAGGCCCAUCAAAUUAACAGACCUGUUAAUGUGACAUUAAUCUCUGUCUUAACCUUAGGUGGCACUGUGUGUUACAAGAGUACACACACACAAGUGUCAAACAAGUGUACUCACUUUACUUUCACUGCUGCUCUUGUAAGAAUGUUUCCAAGUAAUACUUUUCUCACUUUUGUGAUUCUGUAAAAUGCUUAUACAUCUACUAUGUGUAGAAUUUAUUAUACACUAUAUAAAAGAUAGUAAGCCUAUAGCAUUUUAAAAUUAUUUUAGAAAUCUAUUUUGAAAGGAGACUGUAUGCUUGUGAUGAGAGGAAACUGACACACCAUCCGUGACACAUCCAAGACUGAUGCUAAAGACGUCAUAGCUUGAAGCAUAGGGGCACUGACCAAGCGUCGGUAUUCGAUGAAUUGGGAGUGACAAAUGUGUUGGUCCUCAGGUCAGGACAAUAUACGCAUGGGGGUGGCGAUGUUGGGAUUACACAUUGUUUAAAACAGUGUAUUUUUUUUUACCACCACUGGGGUGGCGCCAAUGUUGGACAUUUGUAAUUCUCAACAUUGUGACUUUAAGUUUUGGUCUGCUUACUUACUGUGGUAAAUGAAACACAAUUUGUGCAAAAUUCUCAGAUGUACAUUAACAAUAUAAAAAGACAAUUCAUGGCUUAUAUAUUGUACAUGUAGGAACUGUUCUGAAUCGGAAUCAUGUGCUGGAUGUUUAGAGCAGUGCGUAUUAAUAUGGUGAGCUGUUUUGUCAAAUCUCUAAUUAUGAAGGAUUACAUGAAUAAAUAGGUCAAUAGAUGGAGUCAAGACACCAAAAGCAGACUCUUAAUCUCAUCUGAAUGUGAACAUUUUGCUAAUGCAGUUUAUGUUAACCGCUGUGCUGUUGGCAAAUACACUUCCAUCAAACACUAGAGAAAGAAAAUAAAGUUGCUUUUAUCAUGGACACUGACUAAGAAUUUGAUAGCAUUUGAUAAUGGUUGUUUUGAUAUUCAACAGAAGUUAUUUGCAGGUCGCAACAACACAACAUCAUUACUCAAAUACCAGGAUAUCUCUGUCUCUUUCUCAGUUGCUCACCUUUUUCUGUCAAAUGCACACACUCAGACAGUCAAGUCAAGUUUAUGUAUAGCCUGAAUUCCCAGGUUUGUCCCAGAGGGCUGCGCAAUCGACAAAGUGUAUGACACACUGUUGGUCGGUGUCAAUUAUUAAAUACUUUUAGAUUUCAUUUUCUAAAUUGAUAUAAAAUAGAUCUUUGUUUUUAUAAAACUUGUUAACUGAACAGACUUUUUUCUCAGGAGUCAUUUUGACUUGUACUGCACAGGUGUCUCUAAUAGCAUUGUUCAUUUCUGCACCGCACCACUUUCUGCAACAGAUCCAUCGUUGAUAUUAUUGGUUCCACCUGUAAUUUUUCUGCACUGACGAGUCAAAAUAUCUAAUGGGAAAAGGCGCAACAAUCUCACUCACUUGGCCACAACAAAGAUACAAGAGUGUGCUGAUGCUAGCAAAGUUGUCAAGGUCCGGGUAUGUUUUUAUGGCAAUGAACUGAACCUUCAUUCUAUGAAUAAUCUCUUCAAGGCCCUAUAUAAUCUUGUAUAUAAGUGUGUAUAGUGUUUGACAUAUAUGAAUGAGGUGUGUUUUUACUUAUUCCCUACUUAUUACUUAAUACCCUGGGUUAUGAUACUUUUAAAUGGAAAUGCAGUCUCAAAGGCAGUGUCUGUUCGAAGUAUUCACCUUAUAAAUGGUAAAUAAAAGUGAAUGGAUUUCAGCUCAGUCUGGGGUCAAAGAUUAUUUUCCCCUUCACCCUGUAAAGCCUUCAGCGGCCGGAUCUGCUUCCCAGCUGGUUUGGCUUGCCUGGCCCAGAAGUCCCCCGCCAUGUCUCACAGAGUUAGUGUGGAGUUGAAUCAGACUGCCAAACAGCAGCACAGAGUGGUGCGACUGUGUAGACAGCUGGACUUCGGGAGUGGUCAUGAAUAUCUGCUACAGGCCAAGAAUGAGAUGUCUGUACAUUACUUCAAAUAAAGGAAUACACUACAUGACAAGCACAUUUAUGCCACUUCAAAUGAAUUGUUCUGUUAACACUGUUUUAGUUGUGUCAAGACUGUCAGCAAGAAUGUCUCACAUAUUUACACACACCCUUGACUCUCCAUCUUUCUCACAGAGGUGAUUACCUACAGUCAGAUGCCUUUACAUCCCAGUGUGAACUGCAGCCAGAGAGAUGCAGGCUCUGUGAUCGAGAAAAAUUAGAAACACACCAUUUUUUUUUUUUUUAAAUAUGUCCACCCUCCGAGCAUACAUUCUGCAAAAUAGAGGAAAAGUUGCAUUGAAACAGAAUAUCAAAUUUGGUUCUUGUCUUGGUCCCUUAAAAUCACUCCAUGUAGAUUAUGUUGCAUCAAAUAUGUGGGGCAUUUUUCACACUGGCAUCUAGUGCUUGAAAGCGGUCAGCGCUGCACUCUGCUGGUUAUUGCACAAUAGUGAAACUACAUAUGAGGCAACACUGGGCUGAGGAGACUUACAAAACAUUAAAAAAUAAUGCAAACCCGUCCCUGUCAUAUAUUCUUAUUUGUGUCAAUGAUUAUUGAAGAUCAAAAUAUUUUCCUAACAUUGUAUUUUUAGUAUUAAAGUUUUUAGUAUUUUUAAGUAUUUAUUAUUUGAGAAUAUAGAUUAAAUGAUAUCCGAC